AUGACUUCUACUGGCACAGACUCAACAAUCAUGGAGAAUAACAUAACCGAUCAUUACAACAACUGGCCCAACGAUAAAGGGUUCGAUCCUGAAUACGAGCAGCGCAAGCCUGUCGAGCUGUCUGUGACAGGACAGAUUCCUGCCUACGCUGCUGGUAUCCUAUACCGCACAGGUCCAGGAAAAAGCCGAGUCGAAGCUGAGAAUGGAGAAACACUGCAACUCUCCCACUGGUUCGAUGGAUUCGGUCAAACCCAUCGUUUCCAGAUCAUUGCUCCAGAUGGGCUUCACACUUCACCUCGGGUACUCUACAACUCUCGCUUCUCCACUGACGACCUUAUUGAGGAAGCAAGAAAGACGGGAUCUCUGAACAUGAUCAGUUUCGGACAAAAGCGUGAUCCUUGCAAGAGCGUCCUGGGCAAAGUCCAGAGCGAAUUUGUCCCAGUACCCACUCCAUCGAGUACGAACGUAUCUGUCACCCUUUCAAUCAACUUCCCAGGCCUCGAUCCCAAGCCCGAUGAGUCGAGUUCCCGCUGGGGCGAUUCUCAGGGAAUUCAAACUCUCUAUGCGAAAACCGACUACAAUGCUUUCAAGAAGCUCGAUCCGGAAACUCUGGAACCCAUCGGUCUAGCCUCGCAGGCUAAUCUGCAUCCUGAACUUUCGGGUCAACUCUCUGCAUCUCAUGCUCGAUCUGAUCCUAGCACGGGAGACGUGUUCAACUACAAUCUCGCCAUGGGACCAACCUGUACAUACCGUAUUUUCAAGGUCUCGGCUUCGACGGGGGAGACAACGAUUCUAGCAACGUUCCAGGCAACACCAGCUUAUCUUCAUUCCCUUCUUAUCACCGAGGACCAUGUUGUGCUCUGUGUGUGGAAUGCACACAUAGAUCCACGACAGUUACACUCCUCAUUCAUGGAUUCAAUCAUGCCAACAGACCCAAGCCAGCCGGCAGUGUGGUAUGUCAUCGACCGUAAGCACGGCAAGGGAUUGAUCGCAACAUACGAAAGUCCUGCAUUCUUUUGCUUCCACACGGUCAACGCAUGGCUCGAACCAUCAAAGGAGAAUCCAGCGGAGAUGGAUAUUGUUGCAGAUGUUGUGAGAACCGACAGCUCUGAAUUCUUGCAAUCCGUCUAUUACGAGAACUUGAUCUCUUCAUUGGAUACAGCCAAAGCCUUCCAAAAGAAGAGAAACGAUUCUUUCCAUGCAUCUUUUACCCGGUUCCGUCUGCCUGCGGUGCCUUCGACUCCAUGCGCCGAUCACAAGAAAGCAAUAGUCGAGUGGUCCGUUUGCAAAUCCUUGUCGCCUGAGCUGCCAACUAUCAAUCCGAAAACAGUCACUCAGAAACACCGAUAUGUUUACGCUACGACCUUCCGCGGAGAGUCGACUCUGACAGAUGGUAUCAUGAAGCUUGAUUGUGAUACCCAGCAAGUUCAGCUUUGGGCUUGUCACGGCCAGUCGCCCGGUGAGGCGAUUUUCGUUGCGAACCCUGAGGGCACCAGUGAGGAUGAUGGUGUUCUUCUCAGCGUGGUUCUCGAUGGCAUGCGUGGCAAGAGUUAUUUGCUCUGCCUAGAUGCUCGUAACUUGUCGGAACUUGGUCGGGCAAAUGUCGAUGGGGCUGUUGGGUUUGGAUUCCAUGGACAGCAUGUCCCGACUGUGGGCGGAAUGCCUACCGGUGACUACUGA